AUGUCUGGUCGCAAUGUAUCCUACGGCCGCGGCGGCGCAGGCAACAUCGCCCGCCAGACCUCGAGCCCUGCCCCGUCUGAUCUGGUGACUCCGACCAUCAAGCAGGAGAUCUACACCACGGGCCGUGGAGGCUCAGGCAACAUGGUUCAAAACGAUCCCAAACACCCGGAGAUUGCCCGCGAGAGUCAAGACGUCGAGUCGCCCCCCUUGCGAGCGCAACAGAUGCCCCACCACACCGGACGAGGUGGUGCGGCGAACUUCCUCGCGCCGGACGAAGAGCAAAAGGCCGAGCAUGCGAUCCAGCGUGAAGAAGCGGAACUCAUGAGAGUGCGCACCCAGGAUCGCAUCAAGGAGAUCGAACAAGGGCGACAGGAUCCGCAGGCCCAGUCAUCAGCGUAA